AUUUAAGUCGCCCCGCGGCGCGGAGCCGCGAUGUCUCCGGCUGCUGCGGCGGCUGGCGGAGGCGAGCGGCGGCGGCGGCCCCCGUUGGGCGUCCGGGAGGGCCGGGGCCGGGCUCGCGGCUGCGGAGGACCGGCGGGCGCUGCGGCACUCGGCCUAGCGCUGCUCGGCCUUGCGCUCUACCUGGUGCCCGCGGCGGCCGCGCUGGCCUGGCUGGCCGUGGGGGCGAGCGCGGCCUGGUGGGGCCUGAGCCGCGAACCCCGCAGCUCGCGGGGCCUGUCCUCGUUCGUGCGCGACUCGCGCCGUCCCCCGCGGCCCGUGCUCUACGCUUCGCCGCCUCCGGCCAAGUCGACAGUCAACGGUAGCCUCUGUGAGCCCCGCAGCCCGCCUGGAGGCCCCGAUCCCGCCGAGCUCCUACUCAUGGGCAGCUACCUGGGCAAGCCCGGCCCGCCCCAGCCUGCCGUCGCGCAGGACCCUAAGGACAGGCCGGGCCGCCGCCCACCCUCACGCUCCCCGCCGCCGACCUCGGCGGCCCAGCGAGUCCACCAUGUGUAUCCCGCGCUCCCCACCCCGCUUUUGCGACCCUCCCGGAGGCCUCCCCACCGAGAUUUUGGGUCUUUAUCCAGUCGAUUUAUUAUAACACCCCGAAGACGAUAUCCCAUUCAGCAGGCCCAGUAUUCCUUGCUUGGGGCAUUGCCAACAGUGUGCUGGAAUGGCAGUCACAAGAAGGCCGUGCUGUCUGCACGGAAUUCGAGGAUGGUGUGCAGCCCAGUGACAGUGAGGAUUGCCCCUCCAGACAGCAAGCUACUUCGCUCACCAAUGCCAGAGCAGAUACUCAACACGACACUGUCUUCACCAUCAAGUAAUGCCCCGGACCCUUGUGCAAAGGAGACUGUGCUGAGUGCCCUCAAGGAAAAGAAGAAAAGGACAGUGGAGGAAGAAGAGCAACUACACCUUGAUGGCCAGGAAAACAAGAGAAGGCGCCAUGAUAGCAGUGGGAGCGGCCAUUCAGCGUUCGAGCCCCUUGUGGCCAACGGAGUCCCUGCUGCAUUUGUGCCUAAGCCUGGCUCCCUGAAGAGAAGUCUGGCUUCCCAAAGCUCAGAUGACCACUUGAACAAACGGUCUCGAACCUCCUCUCUGAGCUCCAUGACUAGUACAUGCACAGGAGGCAUUCCCAGCUCCAGCCGCAAUGCCAUCACCAGCUCCUACAGCUCCACCCGUGGUAUCUCGAAGCUGUGGAAGAGGAGUGCUUCUGCCUCUUCCCCCUUUUCCAGCCCAGCCUCUUCCCGCUCCCAGACACCAGAGAGGCCAGCCAAGAAAACAAGAGAGGAGGAGCCAUGUCACCAUUCCAGUUCUUCAGCUCCCGUGGUGCCAGACAAGGAGUCCCCGGGAGAAAAGGUUACAGAUACAGCCACGGGGAAGCAGCAGAGUUUGUGGACUUCUCCACCCACGCCUGGCAGCUCAGGGCAACGAAAACGCAAGAUUCAGUUGCUGCCCUCCCGGCGAGGGGACCAGCUGACCCUGCCUCCACCUCCUGAGCUUGGUUAUCCUAUCACUGCUGAAGACCUGGACAUGGAGAGGAAAGCCUCCCUGCAGUGGUUUAACACCGUUUUGGAGGACAAGACUGGUGAUGCCUCCACCUCGGCCACUGACACCCCACCUGCCGCCAAUCCUCCCUUCACUUUUAACCUGCUAACUGCGGGGCCUGCUGCCUCCCUGGCCUCCCUCCCCGCUCCCAGCUCAGACCCACUGUUGGAGAGCUUGAAGAAGAUGCAGGACUCUCCAGCCCCACCAUCCUCAGAACUUGCUGAGUCAGCAAUAACUGCAGCCCCUUCACCUCCGAAGACACCUGGCCUCCUGGACCCUCUAGUCUCACCAUUGACAGGGGCCCUGACCGGCACCUCCUCAGACUCCAAACCUACAGCUGCCUUCCUGGGGCUGGCCCCUGCUUCAUCUGCAACACCACUCGCUGAUACCAAGUCCCCUGGAGUCCCCCAGGCUGAGCAGCCUGUCAGCACCCCAGCUUCCUCAGCUCUCUCCUCCCCCGCAAAGCCUAGCAUGCUGUUUGGGAUGCUAAGUCCACCUGCCAGUUCUUCCUCCCUUGCUACUCCUGGCCCAGCUUGUGCUUCUCCCAUGUUUAAGCCCAUUUUUCCCGCUACACCUAAAAGUGAGAGUGAUAGUCCCUUGCCAGCUAGCUCCUCAGCUACCACAAUUUCCUCCAACACCACCCUCCCCACGACAGCUAGCACCACUGCUCCCACAUUCAAGCCCAUUUUUAACUGCUUGGAGUCAGUUACACCCAUGCCCCUAUCAGCUCCCUUCUCCCUGAAGCAGACAACUGCUCCAGCCACUGCUCCAGCCACAUCAGCCCCUCUCUUCACUGGCCUGGGCACUGCCACCUCCACGGUGGCCUCUGGCACCACAGCCUCUGCCCCAAAGCCUGUGUUUGGCUUUGGAUUGAACACUAUGGCUAGCACUGCCAGUGGUACCAUCACUUCCACCUCCCAGUCACUUAUGUUCGGGGGAGUGCCCCCUGUCACUGCUGCCAGCUCCUCCCCAGCCCUGGCCUCCAUCUUCCAGUUUGGCAAGCCUGCCCCAGCAUCAUCUGUAGCAGGCACCUCCUUUAGCCAGUCCCUUGCCAGCUCUGUCCAGACAGCGGCCAGCAACAGUAGUGGCACUGGCUUCAGUGGCUUUGGCAGCACCGUCACCACUUCCACUUCGGCCCCUGCGACCACCAGCCAGCCCACGCUGACCUUCAGCAACACUGUUACUCCCACCUUCAACAUUCCCUUUAGCUCCAGUGCCAAGCCUGCGCUCCCAGCCUACCCUGGAGCCAACCCACAGCCCACAUUUGGAGCUACUGAGGGGACCACCAAGCCAGUGCUUGCCCCAAGUUUUGGCAGUUCUUUCACUUUUGGCAAUUCUGUAGCCUCAGCCCCAUCAGCAACUCCGGCACCAGCCACCUUUGGCAGUGCUGCACCACCGGCCUUUGGUGGGUUGAAAGCCACAGCCUCCACCUUUGGUACCCCUGCCAGCUCGCAGCCAGCUUUUGGUAGCACUACAUCAGUGUUUUCCUUUGGUUCAGCCACCACUUCGGGCUUUGGUGCCACCACUCAGACAACCAACAGUGGGAGCAGCAGCUCUUUAUUUGGCAGCUCUACUCCAUCCCCAUUCACAUUCAGUGGCUCAGCAGCUCCUGCGGGCACUGGAGGCUUUGGGCUCGGUGCUACCCCAGGCACCAGCUCCACCUCUGGGACUUUCAGCUUUGGAUCUGGACAGAGUGGGACCACGGGCACCACCACCUCCUUUGGUGGGAGCCUGAGUCAGAACACCCUGGGCACACCCAGCCAGAGCUCACCUUUCGCCUUCAGUAUAGGCAGCACGCCUGAAAGCAAAUCUGUCUUUGGAGGCACAUCCACACCCACUUUUGGGCAGAGUGCCCCUGCUCCUGGAGUAGGCACUGCAGGCAACAGCCUCUCAUUUGGGGCCUCUUCAACACCUGCCCCAGGCUUUGUUGGAGUCGUACCUUUUGGAUCAGCAGCUCCUUCAUUUUCCAUUGGCGCUGGAUCCAAGACCCCAGGGGCUCGACAGAGACUGCAGGCCCGAAGGCAGCACACGCGCAAGAAGUAGCCUGCCUCUUGUCUCCACUCCCCUAGCCCUUGCCCGAAACUGGACCUCAGCACCUGCUAGGAAGAGCCUCUGACCCUUCAAAUUCCAUAGCGAACCCAGCCAUCACCAGGGCAGAAAUGGCAGCCUGGCCCUUUCUGUUGUAGAGGAAGUGGGUGCCCCAGGAGGGGCAGAAGCCCGACACUGUACUUGAACAGUCACACUGGUGAGGCUGAAGAACUGAAGAAACAGCUGUACAUAUCGUCCUGCUGCCCCAGCGCUUGUUUAGUGUAACCUAGGCGGCCUUCCCCUUGCCUUGAGCGCCAUCUCUGCUGGAGAGUGCCUGGCACCCACUUGGAUCCCUAGUAUACAUUGGAUGGGAUUGGGGGAAACAGAAUGUCCCUACGCUUUGCUUGGCCAUAAGAAGUGGUUCUCUUCCUCUGGUUCUUUCAGUCUCUCCCUAUUUCUUGCUGCUUUGUCCUUCACCAGUCCUCUGAGAGAUUCAUUUCUUUUAAAUGGCAGUGAAUCUUGCUUUGCCUUGGAGACCCCAGUGUGCCCUGCUCCGCCUCUUCUGCCAAGUCCAUUUCAUCUCCAGCCCUCUGCCAGUCCAGCCUCUAAAAGGUUGGUGGCUCAAGACUGUUAGCCUGGUAGGGCCAGGGGAGAAGUUUGCUCCAGGAAGUCAUGGAGCAAGCAGACCACUCACCACCGCUUCUAGCUGCCUCUUCACCUGCCCACACCCCAUUGUCCACUUUGCCUCCUUGGGAUUGUAUUUUCCAAGCCUUGUACCUUGUUUGUCUGAUGGUAAUGUGUGUUGCUCCUUGAAUCGAGUUUGGAGGAAGACUUGAAUUGUGUGUGGCGGCAUGUUGAUAAUGCCGGACUUAAUGUCGCCCGGGCCCUCCUGGGCCCAGCUAAUUGAGUGCUGAAAGUGGCACCGCGUGACAGGCACCGUGCUGACCCCUGAAGUCUCAAUAGUGUUUUGACUUAAGGGCUGGCAGCCCAGGGGACGAGCCUAUUAGGAGCAAAGACUUUCCUCUGUUGGUCCUCCCCGACAUAUCCCACUCCAGGCAAGGGCGUCUUCAGCCCGUGUUUGGAGUUCUAGAUUAAUGGCCACACUUAAGGGUCCGUAGUUGUAUCUGUCUCUUUCCUUCCAAAACCAUGCCCUUAGGCCCCAGAGCCUGGCUGCCAUGUCCAUCCUUUUUGGGAGAAGUAUGAAUGCGUGUGUCUAAAUUAAAAAAAAAAAUAUUUAAACAUUUUUUUAACAAAAUAAAAAUUUAUUUUUAUAUUUAAGCUAAAUUGCCUUUUAAAUUCCUUCAAGCUUGGUUCACUGAGGUGGUUAAGUAUAAAUGCUAUUGAAUAGUAGGAAUUAGGUGUAGUUAUGCCUGUGUGAAGGAGGGGCUCAUGACUCCCCCGCAGCUCUCCUGACGGGGCAGAGCUCCUCCUUCUGGAAUGUCGUAUAAACAAUGUGAUGUAGCUGUAACUACCCCUUCCCUUUGUGACUGGGUUGAAUGUUUUGUGGCAGCGUUAGACUUGGGGUUGUGUGGAGCUGGGAAAGAGCUGAACCUCAAGUCCCAAAUGCCUGUGAGGAUAGGGAUGGGUGGGGGUCUGCACAGGAAGCCUCUGCCUAUGCCUCAGGUAAGGAAGGGGCCUCCCUGAAAUUCAGUCUGAGCGAAUUACCUCAGCUCCACAGCAGGCCUGUAUCCAGGGCUCCUGAAGAGGCGUCCUGGCAUAGCCUUGGUGUGUGAGCACAUUCGUCCGUGCUCACGCUGGACAGGGACAGGGAGGCUGGGGCUUCCCACCACAGACUGAGUUCCUGUGAGUGUAGCUGAGAUUUUUAGUAUGAAUUUGAGAUUGUUCUUGCUUAUGUCAUUAAAAAUAAAACUGUGAUCUGUCAUA